UUAACAGGAACAGGAAUUACAGGAGCGAGCCACGGCGAGCUGAGGGAGGGAAAGAAAUUGGAAAAGUGUCGUGGGGUAGGCACACGUACCUGGAGACUCAGUUUGUUCAGGAAAUGUGGCGGUGCGUCGCUCGUGGACUUCGUUCUUCGGCUUCCAAGAGAUCUGCCCCUAAUGACUCUCUUCGAUCUCACAUUUCUAGAUUGUUCUCCACUGGAGGAAACUCCUCAUAUACUGUGGUAGAUCAUACAUAUGAUGCAGUCGUUGUAGGGGCCGGUGGUGCAGGGUUGAGAGCUGCUAUUGGACUUUCGGAACAUGGGUUCAAUACUGCUUGCAUUACUAAGCUUUUCCCUACUCGUUCACAUACUGUUGCAGCUCAGGGUGGUAUAAAUGCUGCAUUGGGAAAUAUGACUGAAGAUGACUGGAGGUGGCACAUGUACGACACAGUCAAGGGAAGUGAUUGGCUAGGAGAUCAGGACGCCAUCCAAUAUAUGUGCAGAGAGGCACCAAAAGCAGUCAUUGAGCUUGAGAAUUAUGGAUUACCAUUUUCCCGAACGGAGGAUGGAAAAAUAUACCAACGUGCAUUUGGUGGUCAAAGCUUGAACUUUGGAAAAGGCGGACAGGCAUACCGUUGUGCAUGUGCUGCUGAUCGAACUGGACAUGCUUUAUUGCACACUCUCUAUGGCCAGGCCAUGAGACAUAAUACACAAUUUUUUGUGGAAUAUUUUGCAUUGGAUCUUUUAAUGAAUAGUGAUGGUAGUUGCCAAGGAGUGGUCGCAUUGAAUUUGGAGGAUGGAACAUUACACCGGUUCCAAGCAGCUUCAACAAUUUUGGCCACAGGAGGUUAUGGUAGAGCAUACUUUUCUGCGACCUCAGCACAUACAUGCACAGGAGAUGGCAAUGCCAUGGUUGCACGUGCGGGGCUUCCGCUCCAGGAUUUGGAGUUUGUGCAAUUUCACCCAACGGGUAUAUAUGGAGCUGGUUGCCUAAUCACAGAAGGUUCCCGUGGAGAAGGGGGAAUUCUUAGGAAUAGUGAAGGUGAGCGAUUCAUGGAACGUUAUGCUCCUACUGCAAAGGAUCUUGCAUCAAGAGAUGUUGUUUCUAGGUCAAUGACUAUGGAGAUACGAGAAGGCCGUGGUGUAGGACCUCUGAAAGAUCACAUCUAUCUACACUUAAAUCACUUGCCCCCUGAUGUGCUCAAGGAAAGGCUUCCUGGUAUCUCUGAAACUGCUGCUAUAUUUGCUGGUGUGGAUGUUACAAAGGAACCCAUUCCGGUUUUGCCGACUGUGCACUAUAACAUGGGCGGUAUUCCCACAAACCAUUAUGGAGAGGUGGUUACCAUUCAAGGUGAUAAUCCAGAUGCGGUAGUACCAGGUCUGAUGGCUGCUGGGGAAGCAGCCUGUGCGUCAGUCCAUGGUGCCAAUAGGCUUGGUGCAAAUUCACUUCUGGACAUUGUUGUUUUUGGUAGAGCUUGUGCAAAUAGGGUUGCAGAGAUCCAAAGGCCAGGAGCAAAACAGAAGCCUUUGGAGAAGGACGCUGGUCAAAAAACAAUUGCAUGGCUGGAUAAAUUGAGAAACUCAAACGGUUCAUUACCAACUUCAAACAUUCGACUAAAUAUGCAGCGAGUAAUGCAAAACAAUGCUGCUGUGUUCCGUACACAGGAAACAUUAGCAGAAGGUUGUGAAUUAAUUGAUAAAGCAUGGGAGAGUUUCCAUGAUGUAAGGUUGAAGGACCGGAGUCUGAUAUGGAAUACAGACUUAACUGAAACGAUUGAGUUGGAAAACCUUUUGAUAAAUGCUUGCAUCACCAUGCGCUCAGCUGAGGCUAGGAAAGAGAGUAGAGGAGCACAUGCCCGCGAGGACUUUACAAAAAGAGAUGAUGAGAAUUGGAUGAAGCACACAUUAGGAUACUGGGAGAAUGAGAAGGUCCGCCUAGAUUACCGGCCGGUGCACAUGAAUACAUUGGAUGAUGAGGUGGAAUCAUUCCCUCCUAAAGCUCGUGUGUAUUAAUAUACUCAUUAAACUAUCGUGUAUGGCUUGUGCGGAAUCUCUCUGUCGAAUGGGUUCUGCUAGCAAGAGCAGGCAAUAAAGUGUUGUAGAUGGUAGUUUUGACGAUAAACUGUAGCGUUCAUCAUCAAGGUUUAAUUGAUCUAUAUCAAGGCAUAGUCAAUGAGAAGGCGAGAACGAGUACAUUGUAUCUGCAUCACACAAUAAUCGCAAUACAAUUGAAAGAAUUGUAUUUCAGGCGAAUCAAAGAGAGGUGUAUGGCUUUUGAAUGUUCUUUUCUUCUCUUCUUAUUCAAGUGAAGCAAGCAUACCCCGCGAUUUUCAACUUGAA